AUGGGCGACAGUGUGCUGGCCAUCAUCUCAGGCGCCAACGAAAGAAAGGCCAGUUCGGCCAGAGCAGAAGAGGCUCUCUCGACAGAGCUCAGAACGUUGAUCGACCGCGCCAGGCUGGUGGCGUCGUUUGAGUCGAUAAUGGAGGCCACGCAUGAGGAUGUGGCCUCGCUUCGUCAGGAGGGAGGGGAAUCACUUGCUGAUUCAGUGCCCAGCCUGCCGGGCACCUCGACCCUCAUGCCAACACUCGUGCUCGUCCCGCUGGAUGAACUGAGACAGGAGUUGAUCGGCAACGGCCUCUACGAGAUCGUCAGCACCUUCAUGAAGGCAAGGGAGUCCAUCGCGGCCGGCGGCACCGUUGACGAGGCGCUCAUGGGAAUGAAGAUCGCCAGCAAGGCUGACCUAUCCGCUGUUUACGGUCGCGCAUUCCUGGACGGAGAAGGCCAGAGGCGAGUGGCUCUGCCUUUCAUCGACUUCUCGGGCGAGACAGCAGCCUCGGCAAAGGUCGCGGUCGACCUGCCCGUACUCAUCGCUUCCUUCUUUCUCGAAGGGGGCGCCCAGGGUGAUGGUGAAGACGCGACUCUCCUGGGCCGGUACUUCACUGCUCAAAUGGCGGCCACUUGGAGAACUUCGGACCCCGUGCGGAGGUCUUUCAGGGCCACUGGGGCAGGUCAAGUGGCUGUCAGUCGCCUUGAGAAGAAGCAAACGGGGGCAGAAAUUCGAGAGGCUGUGGUGCAGAUCAAGAUCAAGGAUGGGACCUUGGGCAGGAAGCUCCAGUCCCUAAUGUCCCAAGCACUCACCCACGGGCUGAAUGCCGAUGAGUUUGGCACGUUCGUCUCGAUGACCGACGAGGAAUGGGACACCAUAGGCAUAGCCCCCGCCAUUUCUAUUGCCGGGAGCGCAGUCAUCGUCCACGCAGGCGAAGCUGAGCAGUUGUUCGAGGCACUCCUAGCCCUCCUCCCCGACGCGAGGUCACAGAGUGAGGCGAAACGAACGGUCAUCCGGGCAAUAGCAGGCGUCGACGUCUCCGCUGCAGGGGCGCAGGCACAGGAGCCGGGCGGAGGUGCCGCGCCAGCAGACACAGCGAGUGUUGCUGCCACUGCUGUAAAGGCGGCCGUUGCGAAAGCGCCUGGGGCCCUGAAGCACAUCUACUCAAUGCUCCCCACAAAGCCACGGCUGAUCAUAUUCGCGGGCUCGAGCGGCGACGCAAGCAUUACCGACUACGAGCAAAUCAACGAGAAGUUGAAAAGUUCGGGCAGCUUGGCGGACGUCGUCAUCAACGCCCUCGAGCCUCGGUCCGCGACGGCCUCCGCUGCACUGGCAACCAUCAUGGCCUCUGUACUCGUGCAGGGUGCUGACAGCGGCGUUGGCUCGUCGGGCAAGUCGACAAUCGUGCCCAGCGCCCACUUCUCCAAGUUCUUGGCGUCUGCAGUCGCAAUCAGGGACCCUGACGUGGCGACCUCCGUUGAGCUGGACAUCGUCGAUGCCAUUGACCUCGCCAUUGCUAGAGAGGCAGCCGGUAUUGACCCCAUGUCUGGGGCGGGUGACCGCUGCUUCCUUGCUGCCGCCUCGCUGGCAGGGGCGCUUUUCAGCAAGCAGGGCCUCGCCGCAUUGAUUGUCGCCGGGGCAGGGGGGAAGAAAAAACGCAAGGACGCCGUGUCCGACGUAAAAAUCAUCCUCGACAGUGCAAAGAAAGCGGACACCGAGAGGCACGCUCGCUCCGAAGGUGGCGGUGGUGCCGCGGCCGGCGCAGCCACCCGCGUGCAAUCGCGAUACUCGGAGUCCACGGCGUCGGCAUCGCCCGGGGUGCGGCCGAAGAUGCCCGCGACGUCAAGGUCUGGUCGCCCGCGCCCGGUGCCACGAAGGCCAUCGAUUGAUGAAGCAGACGAGGGCGAGGGCGGCCAGGAGGUCAUCUUCACGGACACAGCAAGGGCAAUCAGAGACCCAUAUGCCGACACUGAGGCAUACAUCACUGCGGCCGUUCAGCACCUCGACGCCCCACUCUUGCAGCUCUCGCGCGAUGCCUUCAAGGCCAGCGGGGAGGAACGCAUAGCCUCGGUGGGGAAAUACUACAGGGUGCGGUCACUGCUACUCGCACUCGUCACCGUGGCCCACUCGGAGGAGCCGGGAGCCCUCAUCACUGCGAAGAAGGUGGAGGACAAAUUCACCCGCAACGCCAUCCUGUCAGAGGCGUGCUCGGGGAUGGUCGACAUGGACGCAUCGUCCGCUGCCUUUGCUGCGUCCGCGGAAGGCCUGGCCUGGGCUCAGAGGGUGGCCGAGAUCGACGCCGCGAUCGCCACUGCUGAUCAAUCGCAGGUCGCAGCCAUGGCGGAGGCCCAGGCGGAUAUCGCAAGGAACGAUGCCACCAUAAGGGAGGAGCUGUCGAGGGCCGGUGAGGAGUCGGAGCUCAGCAUCAUUGUGAAACGCGAAGAGCUGCGAGCGGCAGAGGCCAUGAGGCAGAGAAGGACGCAGCACGAAGACGUCAUCAACGAGCUCAGGGCAAGGGCCAAUGCUGGCAGGCGAGCAAGAGAAGAGCUGAUGGAGGAGCGUGCGGAGGCGGUGCGCACAAAUGUCGCGGUAGGCGUCACGCCCCAGACGAUCGCGGGAGCUAUCGCCGAAGACGCCGUGGAGUCCGAGGUGUUCACUCUGAACCGCAUGGUCAGAGGAGUCGUGGCGGGGCCAAACUCUGCGGCGUUCCUCAAAGUGACCACUGAGUCGACAGAAGCCAUGAUAGUGGGCUUGGUCCGCUCCCACAUCAUCACGUCGGGAUGGGGCUACACGUCGGCGGAGCUCACGAACGGUGUUGUGGUUAUGGCGGCCUGGUCGCUGGACAUCUUCAACUCGAUCAGCGGCGAAACCCCUCCCGUGAUCAAAAACCACUCAGCCAUGCUGGGGGUCUACCGAAACGUCGCGGGAACUGAGACCGCGUUCGCACAGCAUGCCAUUGACGGUGGCAUCAAGGCAACGCACAGGGUCGACCCAGGGGGCACUGAAACCGCAAAGGGAUGGGGAGGCCCUUUGCAGAGUCGCUACCACGCCGAAGUCAUCCCGGCAAUGACUGCAAUAGGCGCCAUGCUCGCCACCUACCACGGCACCAGGGCGCUCACCUUGAUGGAUGGCCCUCUCUACGUACUUGCAGUCCUAGCUAGGGGGUCAGGGUGCGAGCAUACUGCGCGCAUACUGGCUAGGAUGACCGCGACGAACGGUGCAUUUGUGCACGCGAAGGCCGGCGCAAUGGUGUUGAAGGGCAUGGCCUCCAUACUACCGGACUGCCCAUUCAAGAGCAAGUCGGAAGCAGCGGUGAAAAGAGCGGAGGCGGCGUAUGUCGAGGCUUACGACAACAGGUACUCUCGGUCACCUGUGGGGCACUUCAUGUCAGGGACUGGCUCAACGAACGCGGAGCUCAAGCUUGUCGCGGGCGAAUCCAUGUCUGUCUGCAUCGUUGCCCUGAAGUCCCAACGUUCCCCUCUCCUGAGACGAUACAUCGAAGCGCCCAGCGCCGACACGUUUGUCGAGUCGCAUGCGACGUCCAUUGUCAUUGAGGCUAACCUCGUCCAGGCCUUGUCGAUUGGCAUUUCGCAGGCCUCGAGGCAGCUCGCAACUCAGGCCGUGCUCAAAGGCCUCAGGGUCUCGGAUCAGCUGGUGCAACAGCGCACCAUAUAG